GCUUUGCAGCAGCAGGUCGACUGACGGCUGAGUUUGAGGAAGUUACUGGGCUGAAGGAGUAGCGGUGCUAGAAUGUAACCCUUCACGAGUUGGACACAGCAUUGCCAAAAAAAAGAGGAAGGCUGCAGCAUUCAUGGAUAUUGUGGACACCUUUAACCAUUUAAUACCCAGUGACCAGUUGGAUGAGUCCCUAAUAAUAGGACAGAACUUGGAAUGUGAAGCCAGUAAUGAGUUUGGAUCUGGACUCCGACUAGAAGAUUCACUGAAAAACAUGCUCAGUGACAAAGAUCCUAUGUUCGGUUGUGCAACCUCACAGUUCAAUCUGCUGGACAAUGAGGACCCUACUUUUCAAAUGGCUGGGUCAACAGGUCUAGAUAGUGGUUCAGCAUCUGCGGCCCUCAGUGGUGAACUGACAAAUACAGGGACCACACAAGUCAAACAACCUGUUGCCAGGAGAAGGAAACGUCCGUGUAAUGUAGAAUACGAAUGUAGCAGCGAUCCACCCGCUGCUGACACAUCCACCAACACAAUGCCUCGAGGAAGAUCAGGAAGGAAACCAGUCAAUAGGCUACAGAAGUCAUUCCUGAUUGAGAAAGGAGUAUCAGGUGCUCAGUUGAAGAAAGAAUUAACUCUGGGAGGGCGUAUCAAUGUUAAUGAUCUUGAUGGUGGAUUAUGGCUAAAGCCCACAGUGAUAUUGAGACGACUGACAGUCACCAUUGGAGGAUUCAAGAUUGAGCUCCUUCCAGGACCCUCGUACACACAUACUGAAACAGGCCAGGCUGUUUGUUUUGAGGAUGGUUUUUCAUAUAGUGGAGAUGUGGGGUUUGCACUGUUGCAGGAUGAGACUGUCAGUGUACAGAAUCCUGCACCAGACAAGGUGGCAAAUGUAGAUGUAAUGGACAAAAGGGCUACUGAUGAUGCACCUCUUGGACUGGGCCCGUAUGUAAAUCCUAAUGAAGUGCAGACUGCCAAUGGGACAGUGAUGGGCAGUCCCACUGUGGAAGAAACAAAACUUGACAAUCAGAGUGUUACUGGAAAGAAAAAGCCAGUCGGUAAAGGACAAGAUGGGAUUAAACAGCAACAAAAGAAUGGGAAUGAGAACAACAAAACUUCUUUGAGUAAUAAGAUUGAUGGAAAGGAAAAGCAACAGACUGCGCCCAAAAAACUGCUGAAGCCAAAACAAGGCCUGCCCCCUAUCAAGAAUAAGGACUUGGUUUCAGGUCAAGAAAGUAACAUGACUAAGGGACCGAAAGAAUCACAGAAUUUGCAAUCAAAAACGAUCCAAAGAGGAGACACGCAGGAUGUAAAAUCUGUUAAGGAGAAGAAAGGCAUCGCAUGUUUGAAAAGGCCUGGGGAAAAUGCUCAAAGUGAGCAUGACACUAAAGUCCCAAGGACACAGAACCCGGGAGAUGAUAAAGUGAAGCCAAAAUUGUCAGCUUCCCCCAGCUCAUUAGUAAGAAAGUUGUCAUCAUCUGGUGUCCGUGCUGGCGAGCAGCAGGGAUCGGCCAAGCACCCUCAGCCUCACAACAGCUCCAAAGUUGAGGGUGUCCAGCCGACACACAGUCGUCCAGGCCAACCAUUAAAAACACCAGAAGACACAGGGCAGGACAAGCCCAAACUGAAAAAGCCAGAGAAGAUCCUUCAGAAACAAAAAAGUAAAACUACAAGAAGCCUUUCUGUGGAAGAACCACAGCUGUUUAUCCCAGAUAAUGCACCUGUUGUGAAGAAAGAAAUGUCUGAGGAGCAAAAUGCCAACACCGACACUGUUUGGGAUGGAAACAACUGCUGCGGUCUUUGCAAGAAACAUCACAACAACAUGUUUAUGGUCGGCUGCGGUCGCUGUGACGACUGGUUCCAUGGCGACUGUGUGGGUCUGGACUUGACAAAAAUUCAUGAAAUGGAGGAGGAGGACCAGAUGUACGUGUGCUUGAAAUGCUGUGAGGAGGAAAGUAAAAAGGUGGAGCCCGAGCCCCCGAGUGCAGCCAAGCCAGAAGUCCAAGUUAAGAAUGAGGUUCAGGAGCAAAAGCCACCACCCAAACCCAAACCAGGACCCUCCCAGCCUCUGCCGUCCGGGGGGGUCAAACCAGUAAGAAAGCAGGAGUCUGAACGAAGGCAGUCCGCAGAUCAAAAAACAGGCGCUCAGUCGAAACAAGAGACAAAAAGUAAGACUCCAUCUUCAGCUUCAAAGAAGCCUGUGUCUGUGGAGGAAAUCAGGCGAAGUGUGCGAGAUUCUUUGAAAGAAAUCCUUACUCAGAGGCUGAAGGAGUCUAAUUUAAGUGUCACAGUGGAGAGGGCCUCUGAAGUUGCCAAGAAGACAGAGCGGGAGCUUUUUCACUUAUAUAAAGACACUGACAACAAAUACAAGAACAAGUAUAGAAGUCUAAUGUUUAACCUGAAAGAUACUAAAAAUAAUGUGCUCUAUAAGAGGGUUCUCAAAGGGGAAAUUUCUCCUGGUAACCUUAUUCGAAUGAGUCCUGAGGAGCUGGCCUCAAAGGAACUCGCUGCUUGGCGACAAAGGGAGAAUCGGCAUACCAUUGAAAUGAUCGAAAAAGAGCAAAGAGAAGUAGAGAGACGGCCAAUCACAAAGAUCACACACAAAGGAGAAAUAGAAAUUGAGAGCCUUGAGCCAGUGAAGGCAGCUGAGCCUGUGGAGCUUGAACCUCCUCCCAAAGUGCCAGAAGUAACGGCGGCAGAACCUGUGGAAUCUCCAGAAAAUAAAGCAGAGAGUACUCCAGCAGAGAAAGACACUACCAGACAGCACAAGUCUCACCUGUUUGACCUGAACUGCAAAAUCUGCACAGGUCGUAUGGCACCCCCUGUGGAAGAAGCGCCAACGAAAGUGGUCAAAGUUGCUACCACAGUCGUUAGAAGGCAGUCAACUAAAGCAGAGGAAACAAAGAGCACAACACCACCUGCAGCCGAUGAUGACCUGCACCUCACUGUUUUAGAGGAGAGCUUUAGAAAUGCUCAGUCGGGCUACGAGUCGAGGCUGGAUCGUACAGCUGGAAGAGAUGAAGAGGCUUCUUUCCUUUCCAACUUAAAGUCCCUGUGGCGAGGCUUCAUUCAUAUGCAUUCUGUGGCAAAGCUUGUGACAAAAGCCUUCCCCGUCUCUGGUGUUUUGGACAACUUGACUGAAGACCUUCCAGACAGCAUUCAGGUUGGUGGGAGGAUAAGUCCGCAGACAGUGUGGGACUAUUUGGAGAAGAUUCGGGCAACUGGAACAAAAGAGGUGUGCCUGAUUCGCUUUGCCCCUGAAACCGAGGAAGACGAGAUCUCCUACACUCUCCUUUAUGCCUACUUCAGCAGUCGUAAGCGUUUUGGGGUGGUGUCCAAUAACCUAAAACAAGUGAAGGACAUGUAUCUCAUUCCACUGGGUGCCAUUGAAAAAGUUCCACACCAGCUGGUUCCUUUUGAUGGACCAGGUUUGGAAAAUAACCGUUCCAAUCUUCUUCUUGGACUCAUAAUUCGGCAGAGACCGAAAAGGGAUUACCUUACUGUAGAAAUGACUGAACCAGUGAGAGCGAUUCCUGAGAUCAAGCCCAUUAUUAUAUCUUCAAAAGACACCAGAGCCACAGAAGAAGAUGAGAAGUUGUACCUUUCUACUUUGACGCCUUUACUUAAGAAAGAAAAAGACAAACCACUUGACACGACUGAAGAUGUCAAUGAGACGGUAACGGAGACAUUUGAAGAACCAUCUGCAUCAGAGGAGAUCAAUAAUCAGGAACCCCAAAGACCACUGCGCUUUCUACCAGGUGUGCUAGUUGGCUGGGGUGUGGAACUCCCACCCCUACCAGAUGUUGGAGGUAAGUCGAUACCAGCCACAGAUGACACCCAGAAGACCCAGCCAGCCCCAAAAACAGAAGCGGUUACAGGCGGGAACUCUAAAAGUUCCACAGCUGCUGCUCCACGAGAGCGUUUCAUCAUCAAGAAGAAAGAAGUUAAACUUGUUAAAGCUGAACCUGAGCUGUCCAGCCCAGCUGAUACAGCUGCUGCUCACACUGUAGCAGCAACUGAUGCUCCAGGUGCAGAAGUAACCCACAGUGCAUCAGUCUCUUUGAAAGAUAAACCUCCAGAUGUCUCCACUGAAGCGUUCUUGGCAAGCUUGUCAACAGCUCAAAGUGGGACUGGAAGCGGCAGCACUGCCUCAGCAGACAAAGCCGAUACUGGCCUUUUGUCUGAGAGCGACAAAGGAAAGACCGAAGUGGAUUCUUUAUCGCAGUCAAAAUCCCAGACGGCCACAGAUUGCACAAAUAUUUCGAAACCUCCUUUGAGCGGAAUACUGAAAAAAUCAUCUGCAUAUUCCACGGUGACUGAAGAUAAAACGACGGUGCUACAAAAGGAUAAAGCCAAUCACUCAGCUCCUUCAAGUCCUAAACCUGUUCCUGUGUUGAACAGCAGUAGAAAUGAACCGGUUACAAUAUUUCACCAGGGUUUUACUUCCAUCUCUCAGGCACAGAGCAAGCCUGAGGACCAAAGCCAAACUACCAUUAGGUCUUUCCCCAGUGAGAAAGGAGACCCUGGCGUAUCCCAGGCUGGUGCUACAGUAACACCGGUGUAUCCUCCCUUGGUCCAAGAGCCACAAGCGUCGUACACAGCCUCCCACACAGAGGCACCGGCGCUCCAACAUGACUCACUAAUGGUGCCAGUUCUCCCAGUUUACAACAGUGCUCCACCUUUCCCACUGCAGCAACAACAGCCUCAGGUACCUGGCAGCUACGACUACCCACCUGGCCCUCCGCUGAAAACUUACCCCACCCCACCGGCCCAGGAUCAAAACGACGGUGCAACGUGGGCCGAGGAUGGCACGUCACAUGGCCUUCCUGGAAUUCAAUCCCAGUACCCCGAGAGUUACUCUGAACCAUCUGGCCAUCCUCUAUCCCUGGCCAAAGACUACAAACGUCUAGAGGAACGGUACAGCGACCCAUGGGAGAGGCCGCGAAACACUGAGGACAGAGACCACCACGGAAAGCACAGACACCACAGAGACUCCCAUCACAGCAAAAAGAGCCGGCAUCACGACAGGGAGCGGGAGAAAAAACGUGACCGAAGCCAUGACGACAAGCACAGAGAAAGGAGCAGGCAUCACGGACACUCAGAGGAUCGUUAUGGCGAGAAGAGGAAAGAGAGGCACCACAGCGAUGACUACGGUAGUCGGCACAAGGACAAAUACCGACACAGACGGGACUCUGAUUAUGAGAAUGGACGGAGAAGUUCAAAAGACAGUUACUCAUAAUUAUUAUUAUUUUUAAAGAACUGUGAGUGGGCGCUGAGGCCUGUUAGAGACGGUCAGUUUAUUGGUCACUGGUUGAAACCUUGCGGAGUUUUAUGUUUGUUUUAUGAACCGGUCAACAGAUAAUAUUUCCUUUUUAAAAAGUUGUUUUAUGUUAUUCAAUAUACAGCCAAAAUGAGACAUCAUUUCAAUGGAAUUAUUAAGAUGAUCACAGAGGGUUAUUUCACACCUUAAAACAAAAGUCAACAUUAAGACAAAAUUCUUUCAAUUUCAAGUUUUUAUCUGUGUAUAUAUGUUGAUAUUGACCUGCUGUAUCGACUGCAGAUGACUGCUUUCAGUAACGUGGAAACAAGAGCGCGGACCAUUUGGUGAAAAGUUUAGUUUUAAAGCUCACAUUUGGCGUAACUUUAACAGAAAACAUUUAACAGAUUUAAACAGCAGCUUUGCUUAUCUUCAAAUUAUUUUCUUUUAAAUUGCUUGAAUAUUUUAUAUAACUUCCUUUCUAUUGAAAAUAUGUACAUUUUGGCUUGUAAUAUACAUUAGGAAUGAAGUGUGCCUUUGCACUGUGUGUUUAUGUACAGUUCGUAAUAAAGCUAAUCCUUUUUUAUUGUUGAUUAUGAAAACUUCUCAUAUUUCUUCACGUGUAUUAAAGUUAAAACCACUUGAA